AUGGGACUUCCUUAUGCUGUUGUCUAGUAAGUAUGCUCAAAUUUAUAAUAAUAAUAAUAAUAACACAUACUAAUUUUUAUAAUAAUUAUAUUCAGCGGACUUGUGAAAAAUUGAAACUUUUGCAUUUUGCACAGAACUGCCCACUUUCUGUAAGAUAUCCGCUGACAAUACGAGCCCGCACGAGUGGGAGAAUUUUUGCAAAAUUUGACCAACGUGCUUCGCCUCGGGAAGAUUUGUGAAAGUCCUUGGGACUUUUUCCCUCUAGUCAUGUUAUUAUUUAUAAUAAUCCAUGAGCAUGCACGAAUGAUUGUGAAAGUGAAGUGCAGUCUACAUAUAGCCUGCGUGUCAGGUUCUAUGCUGGAGUCUACAUAGUCUGGGCUUUUCCCUUUUGCCAUAGCUUCAUCGCCAUUAGCCAGAACCUGACACAAAACUGAAAACCCUGCGUGUAAUGUUCUGUUUAUUAUAUAGUCCCAAGCAAAAAAUUGUGAAAUUUCACGCUCAAAAGCAAAUUGGAAAAAGUCACGUGAUCGAUAUCUUCACUAGUGAAGAUAUGGAAAAUAAAAUUUCUCGCUGUAUGUUUUUCAGUAUCUCAUUCUCUACUGUAUAUUAAAAGUAUUUAGUAUGCAAACAGCAUUUUGUGAUACUUAUUAUUGUCACAUUGAAAUUAUUUUGUGUUUUCAUUGCAGUUUUUCUAUGUCAUUGACGGCAGAUCUCCAAAAGUGUAACAGUGUAAGUAUAUUUUUGUCCCUAGUGGCACAGAAUAAAGACAUACAGAAGUGUAACUUCCAUUACAAAACCGUAAGGCGCUUUUUUUUCCGAAAUAGCUGGCGACCAUGUUCUUAGCAAGUACCCUAAAGAGAGGCAUUCACCCCCCUGGAAUAUUAAAUUUUCAAUAUGUUUUCAGGGGGGUGACUGCCUCUCUUUAGGGCACUUGCUAAGAACAUGGCGGACUGAAAAAAUCCCUUACGCGAAAUUAACCUGAAGUGAGAUCUCUGUAUGUACUUCCUCUGUGCUAGCGGUCUAUACCAGAAGUACCGUAAUUAAAGACUUUAAAGAGGCAAUUUUUUUCAAUGUCACGUAUUUGCAAUGAAAAGUGUUCAAAACCUAAAAUCUUUUUGGCGUUCCUCUCAAAAUUACUUUAUUUUAGCUUUAUUCUCUAGUUUAUAGAGUUAGCUACCUUUUUAAAUGCCUCUGCCGGUUGAGAAACAUAAAAGAAUAGUUAAAAAUUGUCAAUUAAAGUACAAAUAUCAAUGAUGCUUUAAAAUUGACGCCAUAUUUCAUAGUAUAGCCAUAUAAGCGGCUUAUAUGGCGAAAACUGACUGAUUUCAGACAUAAUUUUCUCUUUGGCGUACCAUCUAAAAUCUCUUCAUUUUAGCAUUAUUUUACAGAUAAAGCACUAAACAUACUUUUUAAGUUUGUUUGCCGAUUGAGAAACGUAUCGAAAAAUAAAAAUUUUGAAUUUAGUCAUAACCUCAAGCGAUAUAUUAUACGCAUUUGGUUUUGAGCGCGUGUUACGUAACAUACAAAAAAAUCUCCUCUUAAUAAUAAUAUUGAUGUGGUAAUGAUAUAAUAAUUUGGCUUGUGGCUUCCGCCAUCUUGGAAAAUUAGUCCGCAGGCCUUUCCGUUUGUUUCCCACCAAUUUUUACCCGCCCGAAAUUUUCGCCUCCCUAAUCUUUGAAAGGCCUGCGGAGGAGGUAAACAUGUCGAGGUUGUUAUACAGCCAUAUUUUCAAAUACACUGUUCUUUAACAAGCAAAGUUACUGUACCACAUGUGCUACUGCAAUUGUCCGGUCACGCAUACGUAAUAAAAAGCCGAUAUAAACUUUAUAAACAAAAGAUAAUGUAAAACGUAACAGAACGGCGAACAUGCACACUCGGUCAUCUCAAGUAAUGAAGUUAAUGAUAAUGUUGGGAUGGUAGUAUUGCAGACUGCAUGCAGAUGAGAGCCUCAUGCAUCACCCCAUGGAAAACCUGCAACCCUUCUUGCAGAUGAGGCUAGAUCCGCCCCUGUUAUUCAUUUCAAGACCGGAUUUUGGUGGAAAUAUAGUGGGGGAGGUGGAAAAAAAAUUAGAGGAGGUGCAGCAGUAGAGCUCACGCCCCCACGGAAAGUUAGGCUUAAAACGGGCCAAAUAUGUGUAAUUAAUGAACUAUGACUGUACAACUAAUCCAAUUUUGCCCUUCAUUACAAUUACUACAAAGAUUCUUUCAAAACAUUGCAUUAAAAGGGUACUUGACACAAAGAUAAAUGGCCAUCACUGUUUCAAUUUUAUAAACUUUGUAGACCCUAAGUGUAGACCCUAAGCAACCAAAAUGAAAUUUUCACUUUGAUCUAUCAUUGAAACUUUCCUAAGGGGAGGUGCAUGACUUUUCAGGAGAGGUGCAAAAAUUCUCAGGGGAGGUGCAAAACAAUCUCAGGGGAGGUGCGCACCUCCCCACACCUCCCCUCAAAAUCCGGCCUUGAUUCACUUUCGGAUAAAAACAAAUAGCUUCCCGUUUCGCGACAGACGAGCAAAUGUCUUCGUUGUUUUUUGGUCAUUUUAAUUUUGUUUUGUUGUAGUAUAUGCUAAAACAAUUAUUCGCCUCAGUAUCGGUGAAUAAUUGUCAAUGCUUUCUAUGCACCCAGAGUUUGAGAAAUUCUUUUUGACAGCGUGUAUUUUAUUAAUUUAUCAAUUAUUAGGAUAAUACGACGUGGGAUGAAUAUGUUGAAAAGACAUUACCAAAGAUACCAAUGAUGUUAUGUCAACUGUUUAUUAUGGGCAAGUUUAUACUUGUACUUUAUAAGGAAAUCAGGGAAUACGGAAUAUUCGGAAUGCAGCUGUUUUCUCAUGACGUAAGUAAUGCUUUGUCAGGUCAACCUCGUUGCUAUGGUGGAAACACGUGGUCACCACAGUGUAGUACCAUACUACCAUUGAACUGAAUGUAACUGGAACGCUAUAUCCAACCGGAAAUUUGAAGCCAAACUUGAAGGCCAGUCCCAGAUAUACAGGGUGUCUCAAAAAACGCUAUGGAAAUUCAACAGGAUGUCGUGCAUCAUAAACGUGGCUAAACAAUCAAGACGUUUCACAAGCUAUAUAAGGCAUUCGCGUCCGUGUUGUAUCAGAUAUACAAAGGCCUACUUUGGGGGCCAAGGUCGCCGUUAUUAUGUGCAACAUUGUGCGACAUUGGCAAUUUUCAAAGAAAAGUAGUAUGCGUUGCUGGGCGGUGACAUUAGGUGAAUAGACUGUUACACGCGUAAAAACGCACAACUUGUAAGAAGUCUGCAAACAAUUUGUUACAAGUCUGUUCACAAGCUGUCGACAAGUUGUGUUCGCACUGCUUGUCCCAGUUUGUUGUAACAAGUUUGAAACAAGCUAGCUGUUAACAACAUCAGAAUUGUUACAAGACUGUGCUAACAAGUUUGUUAGAGCCAUGAUAUAACAAGGAUGUUACAAGGUUUUCAACACAAGGUUGUAACAAUCUUGUUAUAUAUCAAGCAUGUAACGGACUUGUCAGAACAACCUUGUCUGAUAAAUAUCUGACAACAAGUCCAAACCUGUUGACAACUUGUGACAAGCAGUGGGAACACAUCUUGUUGACGGCUUGUUGGCAGACUUGUUACAAAAUGUGAGAUUUUUACGUGUGUAGGCAAAGUUCAAAGAGUGGGUGCACAUGGGCGACAUUAGGCGACCUUGGCCCCCAAAGUAGGCCUAUACAACCUCUCGCCUACGGCGCGCUCAUGCUUUAUUUAUUACAUAACGGAGGCAAUUUUCGGCUCACAAAACACUCACCAUUGAUCUCAAUGACUUUUCAUAUCGUUCAUAUUUAAAAUUUCAUUUAGGAUGAACAUGCUCACGAGCAAGUGAAAUUGAUCCGACCAUGGUUGCAUGAUUACGUGAAAGACCUCAUUAAAUCAAAGUAAGUUCAUGGAUAAUACGAGUCCCAGCUUGUCAAGAAGAUGUGUUCGCACUAUUUAUUCCCAGUUGUUGACAACUGACAAGACUGGAACAGAGUUAUCAUUUUGUAACAAGGUUGACGAGGCAACAAGUUGGAUUUGGUAUUUAUAAUACUCUGAGAUCUGACAGCCUGGGGGAGUUUGCCUUCAAUCUGGAAGGGGGGAGUUCCUGUCCAUUUUUUUAACUGUCCAUGUGCAUGUAUAUAUCUAAUAAAAUAUUUCGCUUCAUUUUUAGACCCGCCCGCCAAUAUUCAGGAAUAGAGUUUUACUUGAGGAAAAUUUACAAUCCUGAGAAAAGUAAGUGCAUGCUUAGGCUAAAUUUUCAGUCUGCCCGGUGUGGAUAUACACUCAGAGUAACACUGAUCAGAUAUAUCUAACAUCAAAAACAUUAUAUUAAUACUUAAUACUGUAGCUCUAUAUACUCUAUAGCGCAUGGGCUUUUUACUUGUAAAUCAUAGUGGAUUCAAAACUUUUGGGAGUUGAAACUGCUCGUACCUGAUUGCUCCAUUUCGCUUCGUGAGCAGAAGCAGCAGCUUAGCCUGCUCAGCAGACCCCAAUUUCAGGUUUUCCUUUGAACGAAAUUUCGGGCUGCGAGCAGGCUAGCAGCAGCUAUAUACACACAUAAAAAUCUCACAACUUGUCAACAAGAUGUGUUUACAACAGGCUUAUAGCAAGUUUGUCAACAAGUUGUAGCAAUGAUGUCAUUUAAUCAAGUUGCCACAAUGUUGUCACUUACAACUUGUUGACAAAUUGUUGAAUUGCAGGACGAUAACAAGUUGUUGGAACAACUUGUAACAAGUCUGUCGAGCUUAACAACUUUGUAGCAAGUUGUCAACAAGCUGGGAACAAGCAGUGCGAACACUUCCUGUUGCCAAGUUGUUGGAACAGCAUUGUUACAAGUCUGCUGCAGGUUUGUUACAACUUAUGCGUUUUUACGUGUGUAGGCCUUGCUCGGUCUGGUCUGCGCGCCUUUUGUCACUCCUUUUCUUAAAUACUAGAAACAAUGACAUGCAUGUUAAGUUUAUAUUAUAUAUGGAUUGCUUGUUUUUGGUCUGGAUGACAAAUGUUACUGUUAUAUUACAUGCAGGCAUGCAAUAACAAUAUACCGUAAACCUCCGACUAUAAGCGCCCCCGAAUAUAAGCCCCCCCGUGUAUAAGCCCACCACAUGUACUCACGCUCACCUCAUUCCAAAUAUAAGCCCUCCCCGAAUAUAAGCCCCCCCCCGAAUAUAAGCCCCCCGAAUAUAAGUCCCCCAAUUAAUAUAAGCCCAGUAAUCGCUGCUUAAUACACGUUUAUUUCCCUGUUUAUGUCUGACUUGUUUAUGUCUGACUUGUUUAUUACUAACAAAAAAGAUCGUCCAUGUAUAAGCCCACCCGUAUAUAAGCCCCCCCCUGUAUAUGCCCAUUAAAAAUUGCUUACGAAAGUAUAUAGGCCUAAGCCCAGGGCUUAUAGACCGGAGGUUUACGGUACUUGAAGCAAACAUAUGUCAUUGACUCUUGUUAUAGUAGGUGUAAAAAUCGCAAUCAAGUUUUUCCCAACUGUUUUUUAGAUUUUAAGUUUUCAACUCAAACUGUCUCUGUGGUCAUGAUCUGCUCUAUUCUAAUUUACGGGGUGAGUCAUUUACUUAGGUAUUUGAAAUGGGAAUGUUUUAGGGGCUUACUAUACAUGGAAUUCUCAAUUCGGCUGCUGAAGUAAUAUGUCAACCUGUUUUAAAUUAGAACAAUUACUAAUUAUAGAAAAUUGAGCCGAGUACCGCAGGCACGAGUUAGCUAGGGGGUCUGGGGGCAUGCCCCCAAGGAAAUUUUUAAAAUUUGGGUCUCUCAAAUAGCAUUUCCUGCAUUCUGAGAACACAUUUAAAAAAAAACUAAGCUUCUCAAAACAAAGUUUUAAUGGUGAAAUUUAGUGUAAAACACAACAUAUAAAGUUUAAGUAUGUUCACCAACAAAUUUUAAAGAACUUAAAUUUUAAACUCGUUUACUCAAUACAGGUCCAAGGGCCCUGGCUUUGGGGUAACUGACCAUUUUUUCUGCAGUAGUGGGGCAGAGGAAGGGGCCCAGUGGAGCAAAUGCCCCACCAGUCCAUGGUAUUAAAAAAUGCCUUGCAAUCGAGUAAUUAAUUUGGCGCAUAAAAAUUAAUUUAAAAAAUUAGAUAAUUUGGACUCUUACUUGUGGUCCAAAAAAUAUAAUAUUUUUUCUAUCAGUCCGGACUGAAUACAUAGUCCAUGUAUUAAAUUUAAAAUAUCAAUAUAAAGUAUCCGUAUAUCAUCACGAAAUAUUUAGUGCAAAUGUUGUUUCAUUUAGAUCAUUAAAAUAGUGUUUAUCGUCAGCUACGUUUUGGACCUAGUUAGGAAAACAACUGACCUGCAAGGAUUGUCCGAAAUCGAUCAAAUCAAGAUGCAAUUUUUUCUUGGGCUGUUUGGUUAGUUUUGUUCGAAAUAAACUCUUCAAGUAAAUAACAUUAAGUACUAUUUGAAACAGGAGCAGCCAGGCCUCGAUAAAGUGCGCGCGAGCGCCGCUCGCAGGCACCUUUUACAUUUUUGCAGGAACAUUUUAAAAUACCGACAUUUUAACAAUAUUUAGGUCACAAAAUCUAAAUAAGAUGUGUUUUUGCAGGCACAUUUUGAAUUUCGCUCGCAGGCACGAAAAAAUGUUAUCGAGGCCUGGGAGCAGCAGUCAGGUGUUUAUCAGAUAUAAAGAUACGAGACGAAGCCGAGUAUCUUUAGGUCUGAUAAAACACGCACUGCGAAUGUUUUAAAAUUCUUCAAAAACUAUCGAUCUAGUAAGUUCAUUGGCGAAGUAAUUUAAUUUCAAAAAAUACGUUGUGUAAGUUGAGAAAAUCAAAGUUAAAGUUUAUGUAAAUCAAGGAAAAUGGUUGGUACCGAAGAGAUAUGGGUUGGGUAAUCAAGUUUUUUAUUAGCUCAUGGGUUGGGAAAAAAUUUUAUGGCUGUCUGUCAGCUAUAAAAUAAAACUAAAAUUACCAUGCAUUGUAAAAUAUGAAGAAAAAUGUGUACAAUACAUUCUGUACCAAAAUAGACCAUCAGUGAUUGAGGAAGGAAUUUAUCAUUGAUCAGCGGGAACGUGAUUGCUUUGGCACACUCAGUGAGUCUGAGUGUGAGCGCAUGAGCUUUUAAAAUUUAGGCAACUUGAUUUCUGUCACAAUAAUCUUGUGUGUUUAAGGUAAUUCCGCAGUAAUUGUUCCCGAAAUGAGAAUGUGCUAAAACUUCCCAGGCAUGGAGUUUAUGAUAUACUUAAAGUAAAAUCACACAAAAAAGUCGGGGUCACCGAACUCGUUAGGAAGAUAUGACAAUCACAAUAUACCACCUUUACCCCAAUAUGGCGCCAUCUUGACUCUCAUUACGAGUAACAGCAAACUCACAACAGCCCGAUAUUUAUUGACGUUUUUAGCACGGAUUUUGCUUUAGUAAACCUAACUUGUAAUUAUUUUUGAAAAAAUAUUGUGUUUUGAGCAAAAUGAAACUGCUAACGUGUACAAUUCUGAUCCACAAAUGUCUUUUGCACAUUCCUUAACAUAUCUUUCUUUGAGAACAUGCAUUGAUAAAGCAUUUUUUUUCAAGAUCCAGAAAUGAUUUUUCUUUUAAUUUCGGAUAUGAAAUGUAAAAUGCAUUAAAGAAAUAAAUUAUCAGUUAAAAAACGGGAGUCACCGAUCGUUUUAGGGAAUUGUGGCAUCAGAACGUGAAAUACAAGUAAAUAAAUAUACUACAGACACAGGAACCCUAGCUACACUUUUGUAUGCCUUUUUUGAAAACAUUGCUUUUAACGUAAUUCUUUGCAAGAAUGUAACCAAAGAUGUUUUGAAGUAACAUAAAAUUGUCAUAAAAUGAUAAUUUUUUUAAACGGUACGUAUAAUGGAUGAAAUUAUAAGUUAUAAGAUGUGCGCAGUAAAAGUGCGCAAUGCAAAACUGCGGAAUUACCUUAAUCGCACCAACGUCGCUCAUUUAUGUGGAAAAUAUGUUUGAAACUGAAGGUGAAGGACGAAUAUUUAAUAAAGUUAUUUAUCAUUUUUAUGUUUUUUUUCUUUAUAUAGGUUCCUUGAUGGCUGCUAUAAUUCUUGCUACGAUUUGUUGUGUGGUCUCUCUAGUUCGUUUCAUGGAGAAUCAUAAGUAUAUCUAAAAAUUCGUAUAUUUUCCUUGAUGUGCUUUUUGACUGCACGGCGUCUUUUUCUCGACAAAUUUUUCAAGAAGUGUUAUUACAAAAUACAGACGUUACAGAAGGCCGACUUCUUGGUUUUGCGUAUGAUUACUCUGCAGUACCCGUUGCAAUGUUGUCGCCCUGUUCCUAGCCAGUGCGCUUAUGAGAGGCAUUCACCCUCCUGAAAAUAUUCAAAAUGGGUGCUAUAGGUAAACUGGAAGGCUAACUCAGGGGGGGGAUUGAAGAUGCGUGGAUUGUCGAAGUCAAGGACAUUGAAAACGAAGGCACGUAAGCUGUUUUUUGCUCGUUCGACUGUAGUAAAACCAUUCUUUAGCCAACCGUUCUUGUUAAUUUGUUCCCAAAUACUUUCAGCAGAUGCAAUCUGAGCAUGGGAACAAAUUAACAAGAACGGUUGGCUAAAGAAUGGUUUUACUACAGUCGAACGAGCAAAAAACAGCUUACGUGCCUUCGUUUUCAAUGUCCUUGACUUCGACAAUCCACGCAUCCGCAAAGACAACCGGAAAAUCAAAUGUAUUAAAGACAUCCUCGGGGGAUUGAAGCCAGUGCAUUUUAGUUUUUCUGAGUUAUGAGCAGAAAUACUCAACACUGUAUAUGAAACUGAAGCUAUUGAAAAACGCUAUUUGGUGUAGAAAUUUCAAGCAGUUGUUUUUGUAUUUUUUUUACUAAAUAUUUCUCUUUUCGCUGAAGUCUUGAAAUUUCCACACCGUAUCACUAUUAUUACUGUGCUUAAUACUUGUUUAUCACUAUUACUAUACUUGUUUAUCACUAUUACACUAACACAAAAGAUCGUCCAUAAAUAAGCACCCCCCCCGUAUAUAAGCCCCCUUUUGUAUGAGCCAAUCAAAAAUUACUUAAUUACGCUUUAAUUAUUACUUAAUUACGCUAUUACGCUUACGAAAGAAUAUAAGCCCAGGGCUUAUAGUCGGAGGUUUAGCCCAACGUUUGGGAUCAAGUAUUUCUGCUCAUGCUCAGAUUUUUUUUGGCUUCAUCAAAUCAUAGGCCUUCAUCAUAGCAGUAAUAGCCUUCCAGUUUAUUUACAGGUCAAUGCAUUCACCUUCCUGAACAUAUUCAAAAUUGCAGACAUUAAGAGGGUGAAUGACUCUCAUAAAUGCACUGGUCUAUAAAAAGUAUGGUUGCCAUACUGAUAGAGUAUUUUAAUAUAACACAAAACAAUAGAUACUCCGAAAAUUGUAACUAUUUUUAUUCUUUAAAAAUGUUUACAAUUUUGUUUUGUGUUUCUUUAAAAUAUGAACUAUAAAGUGCUACGAAAGUUAUCUUAAUUUAAACCAUAGUUUAUUUAGGAAAACAGCUAUAGUAUUUUUCAGAAACUAUAGUAGUUGAUUUUUGAAAACUAUAUAGUUUUAUCAAAAGUUUAUUUUCUAUUAUAAUUUCUUUAAAAAUAACUAUAAUUAAGAAAAAAUACUUUAACUAUAUUUCAACAAGGGAGACAAUCAUAGUAUUUUGCAUAAACUGUAGUUUUUUUAAUUAACUAUAUAGUUUUCUUUGAACAACUAUAGUUUUGAUGGGAUAAACUAUACAGGGUGUAUAAAAAAAAGGUAAUCGAACUUCAGCGCGCUAUUAUACGUGAAUUGCUCGGCGUAUGAACAAUUGGUUUUCAUAUUCGGAAAGAUCAGGCUUUUAGCUAUUGAAUGACAUGCUUUUCAUGCCAAGUGGAGAAACAAAUAAGCAUGUACGAGGCCGAUUAAGAAUGUUAGUCAAAAUCGCAUAUUUUCACCUCUGUGCCUAAUUAAAACAAUGCAUAACAAAAGAAAAAGCAAUUAAUCACGAACGUGUCUAAGAUUUAUUCCUACUUUAUAAUAAUAAUUAUGAAUAAGUGUGCAGUUUAAUGAAGUGAAAUUCAUUUUUUAUCGGAUUCGUAUUUGCUCAUUUUUUAUCCAUUUGGCAUGAAGAAGAUAUCAUUCAACAGCUAAAAGCAUGGUCUUUCCGAAUGUGAAAAAAUCCCGUUCAUACGCAGAGGAAUUCAGAUGCAGUAGCGCGCUGAAGUUCGAUUAAUUUUUUUAUACACCCUGUAGUUUUAUCUAUAUAUUUUUGUAAGAGAUAGUAACAUGGCGAGUGCGGUCACGUUUUUUGGCUGAGUUGGCUUUCUGUAUGGUCUGUAUUCUGUGGUAUUAUCUUCAGAAGAGAGAAUGGAACAUUUCUAUAAUAACCAAAAAAAUUAGAAUCAUGCCACUAACCCCAAACUCUUUGACCUUUGCCAAUCGUAACGUGCAUCAUUCAAUAUUUUCUGGUUUCCUCUGCAGGAAUAACAUGCUAAGGAUGUUCAAAGGAGAUAAGUCAUUUAUUCCAAAAAAAAUCCGUGCAUCACAGUUUAUGAUUGUAAGUUGAACGAUAUAUAUUGCCAUUACUGUUUUCAACGUGAGAACGAUAUAGAAAGUUAAUUUAAAGUAGAAGAAUUUACUACCCACUUGAAAGAGCAUCUCUAUAAAUAAUAAUUAGGUAUAUUAUAGCCUCCUCCGCAGGCAACUCUGUAUGUCCCAGUACGGGUUCCCUGUGUAGUGUAUUGGCGGGCGGGCGGGUUACGAAAAUAACCCGCCCGCGUAACCCGCCCGCCCAUACACUACACAGGGGAACCGUACUGAUCACUGAGCUUUGUGAAUUGUGAUACUGAUGUGACAGAAAUAACAGAGUUGCCUGCGGAGGAGGCUAGGUAUAUUAUACAAAGUUCAUUCCUUUUUAUUAGGGAAAAGGUCUAAGAUAUCCUAGUUAUCAGAUUGGCUAUUUUAUGUGGGGUAAGUCUUGCCUUAUUCAGCCAUUUCGAAGUUGCUGACAAGACGUUGGCUAUCUAACGCUAGAAGGAGAACGUUGUAGAUAUUAAUACGUUAACUACUAUGAAUCUACAAAUAUAUAAAUGUAUAUAUAAUAUCUGCAGACAUGCAUGUUUCGGCGUUCUACGCCUCGUCAGUGCAGCUUGGUACACGUCUAGAUACGUGAGACACUCGUAUUUAUAUCCCAUGAACUUGCUCUCACCAAGGCAUGUGGUACAACACGGUGACUCAACGCAUCCAGACAUGCGCAGAGCGUAAUGCGGGCCAGAGUGCUCAAACGACCACAAGGGAAGCGAGCUUUGCAUUAUCGCUAUAUAUAUAUAUAUAUAUAUAUAUAUAUAUAUAUAUAUAUAUAUAUAUAUAUAUAUAUAUAUAUAUAUAUAUAUAUAUAUAUAUAUAUAUAUAACGGUUAUAUAUAUAUAUAACCUUUUGCUCUUCGUGCUGUAUAUAUAUAUAUAUAUAUAUAUAUUAAUAUGAAAAUGUUCUAGAGUGUGUAUUAUAUAAUUUCCAUACCCAGCGCAAGCAGAAAGAUGUUGUCUGCCGCGGCUGGGUCUUUAUAUAUAUAAUGCAAAGCUCACUUCCCUCGUGGUUGUUUGAGCACUCUGGUCCCAUGUCACUCUGCGCAUGUCUGGAUGCGUUGAUGGCUCGUGUUGUACCACAUGCGCUUGGGAGAGCAAGUGCCAUGUAUAUCAAUACGAAAGUCAUCGCGUGUCUAGAUGUGUACCAAGCUGCACCGAUGAGGCGUAGGACGCCGAAACAUGCAUGUCUGCAGAUUGUACUAUAUAUAUAUACCGUGGUUAAGGGGGUUAAGUUCUGGUUUUCUCCUGCGAAUUGCAGAUCUAUCAAUUAUCUUACAGUUAGCAAAUAUAAGUUGUGUUGUGUUUGUGUUUAUAGUAUCAGUAGAAUCAGGCGUUAGUUCCAUUAGGGUUAGUUCCAUUUGUAUUACGCGCGGGAAAAUAGUCCACUUUCGGCCCAAAUGUGGUGCAUUUUCCCGCGCAUAGCCUAAUACAAAAUAAUACAAAAUUUGCAAAUUUCGCAGGGCUAUAUUUUCCCCAUUUUAUAACAUUUCGCGGCCAAACUUUGCCAUUUUACUUAUUUUAACAUGCUCUUUCUAGCUGAGGUGAUAGAUUUUGUUCUUCUUGCCGAGAUCAAAAUUUAGUCUAUAGCUGGGAUUGCCUAUUCUCAUCUACAAGACUCUCAACACUUUUUCUAUACCCUUGAUUUCAACCUAGGGUACCUUUUGCUCUUCGUGCUGUUCUUUGUUAUUUGUUUUGCUCUUUACGCCUUGAUUUCAUACAAAAUCGUUCAAGAUCUUGUCUUGGAAUUCAUUAAAGGAGGAGGGUAGGUGAAUCUGUAUGUAUGAUAAUAAGCAUUAUAUAAUAACUACAGUGAAAAACACGCAAUUUGAUUGGUCAAUCUCAAAAUGUCAUUGUUUCACUGUAGUUAUUUUAUAAAACAGUUACCAAAUGGUUUUCCAAGCAGGAUAGCGUGAUCCAUGCACUUGCGAUGUCGCUCGACUUUCGGAAAGCGUAAAAAUACACUCGCCUGCGGCUCGAGUAUUUUUACGCUUUCCGAAAGUCUCGCGAGAUCCCUCGUGCAUGGAUCACCCAAUCCUGCACGGAAAACCAUUCGGUAUUCCUUUAUUAUACUACAAAUUUUGAUUAAAUGUCUUUUCAAAAGUCUCAAAUUAUUAUUAGAUGAUGAGAAUUAUUGGAAUCUCAAAUAAUCAGAAUUAUAAUUAUAGAAUCUCAAAAAAUGAGAAUUAGUAGAAUCUCAAGUAAUGAGAAUUAUUAGAAUCUCAAAAUAAUGAGAAUUACAUGAAAAUGUAGUCCUAUAUGAAAAUGAGGCCAUUGGGGCAAAUAAACAGCAUAGUCUAUUAUGUUAGGAAGUCAUUCUCCUCCUGAAAGCCAUCCCAUCUGUUCAAUAUUUUAGUGUUGUUGUGGGUGUGGCUAUUUUGGCUGGUUUGUCAUUGCCAUUAGCUUCGUUCACGGUAUUCCGAGAUUACACUUACUCCAAAGAUGUCAUAUCUGUAAACAACAGGUUUGUGUAUACUUCAAUAAUUAAAAUUGAGUAGAAAUUUCUAUUCCAAUAUCUUUACUUUGUGCUUGCACAUUAUCAGCUUUUGAACGUGUUGUGAUGUAUUCAUAUUCUAAUUAACCUUUUUUAUACGGGAUAUCUCUAUUAAUUCUCUCAAACAGUAUAUUGUAUUAAUUGUACUAAAUUGAUCCAGUGCGCGCGCUAUAGGAGGAAUCCUGAAUUAUGCGGGAUAACUUUAUCAGUGCGAAAUUUUUCUGCUUAGAGAUCCAGUAAGGAUCAUAUACUAUAAUUGGUCCUAUCCUAUUUCAGAAAGAAUUCUAAACUUGUUACGCGUGCAGACGAUAUCAGACUUAUUCGUACAACUUGUUGCUUCGUCAACCUUGUCACAAGAUGAAAACAACUUGUUCGAACACAUCUUGUUGACAAACUGUGAGAAUUUGCGCGUGGACUAGAAGAUAUUGGUAAAGCCAAACUGAAAACACCCUUUUCAUCUUCUCACGUGUGAGCGAAUUUGUAGUGGGUUUUGUAUAGUCACAGAAUAAAGAUCCAUACAGAAGGGCCACUUACGUCGGAAGCUUUGAAGUUUCUGUCCUCGUGCAUGUUGCAUUACGCAUGUUGGCCGCCAUUUUCCUAGCCAGUCAAUGAAUUUUCUGGCCAAUAAACACGCUGUACUGGCUGGCUGCUCCGCCUUCUGGCCGGUAAACUGCAUAUUUUGCUUUAAAAAAAACGAGGACACAUUGCACCGCUGAGUGGCCCUUCUGUGUCUUCUGUUACUGAUCUUUAUUCUGUGGUGUAGUUGCAUUUUUCUCAACUGUUCCGGGUUAGGUCUAAUAAAAUAAAUAAAUGUAUAAAAUUCACACUCGAAAGACCAUCUAAAAACCCUUUUGCAAUUAGUUAAUCUAUCAAGUGAGAUGACCAAAAUCCUGAAAUUAUAAUCAGCAUAGUGCAGGAAUUUAACCUCAGUUGCAAAAGUGAAACACUGCGAACGCUCUUGAUUCUCCCUCCAGAAAUGUAUACAUGGUGUUCUCGUAUUUCUGGUUUUUCGUUGGACUUCCCAUGGGUUUCUUAUCCGCCAUAUCUCGGAUCUUGAGGGCAAUGGUCGUGGGUGCUCUGAUGUUGCCAAGAAUUGAUCAUAGUGUCAUGCCCGACGGCUUUCAACAGAUUGAUCGAGGUAACCCAAUAACAAUAAUAGCAACCCAAAUUUGGCUAACGUUGUUUUACAUCGUUGUUACCCAAUUCACUACUUUAGAUAAACUCGCAUGCCUACUUAGGGACUCAUUAUUUAUAGUACAGGGGGGCUGAGGAGAAACUCUACAGUUAUAAUAUUUUUUCGUUGCCCCCCUCUUAAGACAAUUUUCAAAGCCCCCUCCAAAAGGCAAAACAAGCACAUAAAUUUUGGACACCCCCCCCCACACACACACACACUCUAGCUCUUUAUUUAGAGAAACAAAAAUAAAUCAUGGGGACCAAUUUACAUGAACAUAAGAGAGUAUUUAUUUGGCUUCCAUUUAUGAAUAUUAAUAUUAAAGGUCUAUAAACAUUGUUAUUUGUUGUUAAGUUGUUUUGUGAUACAUUUUUAAAACUACUAAUGUUUUAAUUUUCAAACUAGUAAAUAUUUUCAAUGCCCCCUUUCUUUUGUCUCUCUGUAUUUUUUCAAAGCCCCCCUUUCAGGUUUAAAAAAAAAUUAAAGCCCCCCCCCCAGUUUCUCCUCAAUAGCCAUAAUGAGCGGUCCCUUACUAAAAGCAUAAAAUAGGAUAAAGGUAACUAUGCAUUAGAAUUAUAUAUAAGAGUUAUUCACUCGUGUAAUAAAUUUUAAAGCUUAGUUACCUUUGUUCUAGCUAUUCUAUUCUAUGCAUCUGUAAACUAGAACAAUAGUAACUAGACAAGUGAAUUAUCUGUAGCGUGGCGGAUAUGUGCAUGGAUGUUUCCGAAGAGGGUUAAAAGCACCAAAUUGUGCACAGUAGCAUCUUUUUAUGAGUAGAACAACAUGCAAAAGUGGGGCCAUCGUGAAACUGUUUUUUUAGAGAGUUACGAUGUUAUUAGCAUUAUAUGCUAUUAAAUUCUACUACAACAAAAAAUGUGAAAUUUUGAAUUCAAUCACGACAAAUAUAACUUGCAUCACCAGAAAGCUUGUAAAAAACUACAUAAAAGACUUUAAAACUGUUUAUUCUUCUAAUGGUUAUUGCUGUAAAUUAGGCACAUUAUCUCGCUAAAAGUCCCUAAUUAAUUAUUCGAUGUUUGAAAAUGCGUUUUUAACAGUUUAUAAUUCAAAAAAAUAUUUCAGAAAUCAAAAAACUGUCUAAACGUCUUAUAUACAGUUUUUUAUAAGCUUUCUGAUGAUGCAAGUCAUAUUUGUUGUAACUGAAUACAAAAUUUCACAUUUUCUACAGGAUGUAUGAAAAAAACGCAACCUCGGAAUUUCCUAAGAAAUCCACUUUGCAAUACUUAACCAUAAAAGAUUUUAGGCCUCUUGGGAAUUGAAAUCGAAUUGCUAAUAGCCAUAUCACUGUUGUACUGUUCUUGUAAAAUAAAAACUUAUUCAGUCAUUAAAUAUUUGCUUUAUGCACUCGCGUGUGCAGUAAUUUUGACAGUUGUGCUAUUUUAAAUUCCCAGGCACUUAAAAUCUUUUGUCCUUAAAACAAUGUCGAUUUCUUGGGAAAUUCCGAGGUUGCGUUUUUUUAUACACCCUGUAUUGUAAUACCAUGAUUGGACAGGAUUCUAUUGUUCAGAGCGGGAAUUUAAUCUCUAAAUUCCCGGUCGAUUUAUAAAUUCCCGUUGGCAAGGGAAAUUUAUAAAUUUCCCGUUGGCAAGGGUCAAACCUUUUCGUUUCCCUGACGACUUAUCGCACUAAGGCGGUUUUCCACUAGGACUGAUUUGCAUACAGUACUCAAAAUACAAGAUGGAUCCAGGCUAUAACGUUUUUUUUUAAAUUUUUUUGCCAGGUUUCAAUGCGUACAUCUGUUAUCUUCACGUACAAACAGCUUAUAGAAACCCAAUUCUUCGAGUUUUCUGUCAAAUAUUGAGCGAUGAAACACGUAAGUGCUAUCACGUCCUUUAUUGAAGCCAUGAGAAAAGUAGUAGUUGAGACUAGGUCUGGAUGAAGUAUCGUUAUGAAUUGAAUCAACCAGAAUGUUUAUGAGACGUUCACUGACCAAAAAUAUCGCGACGUUAAAAUUUAGCUACAUUAUCAAGCAAAUGUCUUUUCCUAUGCAACUUGAAAGAUAUAGCUUCCCAUAUUUCUUCUGAGUUUUAGAAUAGAGGUGUGUAAAUCCGAUCCGAACGAUCGGAUUCGGUCCAAAUUUUACGUGUCCGAAUCGGAUUUUGGGCAGUCUUUCCGUCGGAUCGAAUCGGAUCUAUUUUCGCGGGAUUGAAUCGGAUCUAUCGGAUUUAUUUAACGUCAUUAAACUCGCGAAAACACAAUUAAUCUAGUACCACUUUACGUCGGCUUUUACCGUUUUCUUCACAAUUAUGGUUCAGAUUUUAGAAUUUUAAGGUUAGACUAAGACCAUAUUAGGGUUGGGAGUCAGGGUUGGGGUUAGAUUAGGGCCCAACAUGUGUCGUGAAUUUAUUAUAUUGAUAAUUUCGCAUUUAACAAUUUACUCAUAUAGUAAAUUCAAAGGUGGAGCUCAUGCUGCAAACUUAAGGGGAAGAAAGGCCACUGUUGAUAAAUUUCUAUUCAGACAAUGUUUAUCCUUUCUCACCGAUAAUCAGAAACUGUGAGAAUCUCUUCCACUAUGUCGAUCAGCAACACCACAGUAGAUUUGUGCUUGUCACACUAAUAUAGCCACCAUUGGCUUCAUUUAUGAAUAGCGGAUGCAAUAUCAACUCCUAAUUUUCAGAUCAGUGCAUUCAACCCCAAACCAUAAAUCGAUCUGGCGUAUAAGAUGUUAUUUACUGUGAUUCCUUCAAUCAAGUCUGAAAUGAGGGCCCACCAAAAACCUAUUUCUCCAAUAAGCCCGUCUUUUGGGACUUGCUUGUUUACGAUGAUAAAAGACAAUAAAUUAUAGAAAUCAUCUUUGUAAAGAACGAGCCAAAAACACUGAUCACUUUUGGUUCAGAAAACCAAUCAGAAAACUUGUACAUAAUGUGCAGGUAUCUUCCUGCCUCUCUUUUAAAAUCAAGUGGCGUAGCACCUUCACAGCAUAUUCAUUUAGUUCUUGUAUCAUAGAAAAGAACACAGGGUCAAAAUGGUCACGUUCAGCUCAAGCCCGUGCCAGAUGGUUCCUUGCCCUUACCUUGGCUCGCAACCCACAACUAGCGUCGGAUCGUAAACCUGGUCUUCGGACGCCGGAACGUAUUCAAGUUCAUUACACCAAACAUGGCGACGUCAAAAUUAAAGUCGGUCGACAUGACUCUGAAACUGUUCGGUUAAUAUAA